AUGUCUGCACCUGAAGAACAUCAUGGCCUCAAGUCCAAAUGGCCCCAAGCCUUCGAUCUGGCUGGUUCAAACUCUCCCUGUCGAAUUGAAGGAGAAAUAGGCGAUCUCGUGGUCCUCGGCGAAAUUCCACCCGCUAUCGACGGAACUUUCUACCGAGUCAUGUGCGAUCCCUUCGUCCCUCCUCACCCUGAUAAUGUUCCUCUCGACGGCGACGGUCACGUCUCUGCCUUUAGGAUCUACAACGGUCGAGUGGACAUGAAGAUCAAAUACGUUGAAACAGAACGCUACAAGCUUGAGAGAAAAGCCGGUAAGGCUUUAUUCGGGCUGUAUAGGAAUCCAUUCACCCAUCAUCCCUGCGUCAGAGCAGCCGUCGACUCCACUGCCAACACAAACAUGGUCUACUGGGCAGAUCGUCUCUUGGCGCUUAAGGAAUCUGCGCUUCCUUAUGAGAUGCAUCCUGAUACUCUUGAGACUCUCUGCUAUGAUCCGUUUGGAGGCCAGGUCAAGGCAAAGGCAUUCACAGCGCAUCCAAAAAUUGACCCGUUCUCCGAUGAGCUCGUUGUCUAUGGGUACGAGGCUAAGGGCCUGGCGACUAGAGAUAUAGUCAUUUAUUCAUUGGACAAGAACGGGAUUAAGCAUGAUGAGCAAUGGAUCGAGUCUCCCUGGUGCGCUCCAAUCCACGACUGCGUCAUCACACCCAAUUUUAUCGUCCUUAUCCUUUGGCCCUUCGAAGCCAGUGUGGAGAGGAUGAAAGCGGGCAAACAGCAUUGGGCUUGGGACUACAGCCUUCCAGCUACUUUCAUCGUGGUUCCCCGUCGGAAAACCUCCAAGAUUCCAGCUUCUUGGAAGCAAGGAGAGCACCGAGUCUACCACUGGAAGAACUGUAUGAAUAUCCACGCAGGCAGCGCUUGGGAGGAAGACAACGGAAAACUGUAUCUCGAGACAUCUCGGGUUCACGACAAUGCUUUUCCGUUCUUUCCGCCCGUGGACGGGAGAAUGCCAGCUCCAGACGCCAAAGCUGACUUUGUUCGCUGGGAGAUCGACCUCAAUGCCCCAAGUGGGACGCAGAUGGCAGAUCCAGAGGUCAUACUCGACGUGCCAUCCGAAUUUCCACGAAUUGACGAGCGUUUUAUGACUAAGAGAAAUGAAUACCUCUUCUUGAACGUAUUCAUCCCUGAGACCUCCCAAGGCGGAACAAACAUCUUCCACGGACUCAAUGGGCUAGCAAUGCAUAAUCACAGCACUGGCGAAACAAAGUGGUUCUUUGCAGGCAAGGAUUCUCUCGUCCAGGAACCAAUUUUUAUUCCUCGUACGGCUGAUGCACCUGAGGGGGAUGGAUGGGUUAUCGCUAUGCUUGAGCGACGUGUUGCUAAUAGGAGUGAACUUGUAGUUCUUGAUACGAGGGAGUUUGAGAAGCCGGUUGCGUUUAUACAGCUUCCGAUGCAUCUUAAGGCUCAGGUACAUGGUAAUUGGAUUGACAGUAGGACACGGGCAUCUACAGAGGCGAUUGUGAGACAGAUUGGUGAGGUCAAGGUCAGUGCAAGAGGAGCUUUGGAGCCCUUGGCAUGA